AUGGUCGAGAUCAUCCAGGACCCGACGGUUUGGAUCAAAAGUGCUGCCGGGGCCAGCUGUGAGACUACUUGCCAGGCAAGAGGCGGAUGCAAGGAAGAUGCUUGGCCGGCGACUUUGGAGGAGUUCCAGGAGAUCCUUGAUGAGUCUGGCUUGAAGUGUGUCAGCAUACAGCAGGGCGGCGCCAAGUACGACCCAAGCACUGAUGGCCGGUACUGCGGUUGGCACGGUGACCCAGGCGAGGGAUCCCGGUCUCGCUGUGCUGUCUCCGGGGACGCGGGAACCUACAGGUUUUGUCCAUGCUUCGGGGACGAGGAGCUGUGA